CCUCGCAGUUAGCGCGCUAGGAGAGAAGCAGCCACACCCGCAGCGGGAGCGGAGCAAAGCCGAAGACAAUGGCAGGCUCAGCGCUGGCGGCUCGAGCUCGGCUCGGUGUCUGGGGUAUGAGGGUCCUACAAACCCGAGGUUUCGCCUCGGACUCGUCGGAGAGCAUGGAUACGGGCGCCGGCUCCAUCCGAGAAGCUGGUGGGGCCUUCGGAAAACGAGAGAAGGCUGAAGAGGAUCGGUACUUCCGAGAGAAGACUCGAGAACAGCUGGCCGCCCUGAGAAAACACCAUGAAGAUGAGAUCGACCACCAUUCCAAGGAGAUCGAGCGUCUGCAGAAGCAAAUUGAACGGCAUAAGAUGAAGAUUAAAAACCUAAAGAGUAAUCAUCAUCAUCAUUAAACGCCACACAGUCAGUCCCUCACAGAGUGGCAGGUAUCACUCCCCACUUCUGUAGAGACAUUGUUUUGAAUGAUUUAACAUUUGGUCUGUGUGCUACUAACAGAUAAUAAAUUACCACCAGGAAA